AACCAAUCACCGAUAUCACGGGUCCGAGUUCCUAAACAUGUUGGAUCAAUUUAGAUGCGAAGAUCUGUAAAGGAUCCGAUAAAAGAAGAAAGAAAAAAAAACAACCAAAGAAGAAACAACAAAACUUGGAGAGAUCUGAAGGAAGGAAGGAAGGAAGGAAGAAGAAGAAGGGGGAAGCAGAUAACAUGUCUGCGAUUGUUUGCGGAAAGAGAUCUCUGUUCGAGGACUUAGCCGCCGCUUCUCCUCCUGUCUCCAAGAAACUCCGUUACUUUUCUUCGUCUUCUCCGUCUUCGUCUCGUUUUUCUCCGCCGUCUUCCUCGCUUCUUCUCGAUCAUCUCGCCACGAUUUUCUCCGAUAUGGAUAAGCAGAUUAUUGAGAGGGCAAUCGAGGAAUGUGGAGAUGAUCUUGAUUCAGCUAUUAGAUGUUUGAAUCAGCUUCGUUUAGAAUCUGCUAAUAAGAAUUCAGACUCUGCUACAAACCAAUCUCCUGUUGUAAUCCAGGAAGCUAAUAUUGAGACUCAGCAGCAAGCAAAAGAGGAAGUCUUAUCUAAUGGAGAGCCAGAUGUCAUGAACUUGGAUGGUAAAGAGUGGGUUGAGCUUUUUGUUAGGGAAAUGAUGAAUGCUUCUGAUAUGAAAGACGCUAAAGAACGUGCUGCAAGAGCAUUGGAAGCUUUGGAGAAGUCAAUCAAUGCACGUACAGGUGCUGAAGCACUGCAAAAUCUCCAGCAGGAAAACAUGAUGCUGAAGCAGCAGUUAGAAGCCAUUGUACAGGAAAACAGUUUACUAAAACGAGCGGUAGUGACGCAACAGAAAAGGCAGAAGGAAUCUGAAGAUCAAAGUCAGGAAUUGCAGCAUUUGAGACAGCUAGUCACUCAAUACCAGGAACAAUUGAGAACUCUAGAGGUGAACAACUAUGCUCUGACUCUUCAUCUGAAACAAGCUCAACAGAACAGUUCCAUCCCGGGACGGUACCAUCCAGACGUCUUCUAAUACUUUGAAACGCCCACAUAUAUCUAAUUUCGUUUCCAGUGUAUGUUUCUCUCUUGGUUUGUGACUAUUUAUAUACAAGUGUGGAAUGAAUCAUCGAUACUUGGGGAACACCAGUGUCUCCAAAGUCAAAACUGUUUUUUUCUUUUCUUCUGCUACUUGUUGUUGUUGUUGUUGUUGUUGUAUAUAUUGUCUCUCUAGUCAGGAUGAUGGAUUCCUCAGAUAUAAGAUUUAUUGCAACCAGUUAACAAA